AUGAGGCCGAUUCUCUUGUCCGGACACGAGCGCGCGCUCACGCAAGUCAAAUAUAACGCUGACGGCGACAUCAUCUUUUCCGUCUCAAAGGAUCACGUUGUGUGCGCAUGGUACUCUCACAAUGGCGAGCGGUUAGGAACCUACCACGGCCAUCAGGGUGCCCUCUGGACCGUCGACGUCAACCCCACUUCAGAACUGUUGGCCACCGGCGGCGCAGACAACACGAUGCGGUUAUGGGAAGUCAAGACGGGCAAGCUUCUUCACACAUGGGAAUUCGCUACAUCGAUCAAGCGCGUCGAAUUUUCCGCAGACGGCAGGCAACUGCUGGGUGUGACGGAGAAGCGGUCCGGACACCUCUCCACCAUUUGCGUAUACGAGAUCAACCCCGACCCUGAGGCGCAACAGUCAGAUGAGCAGCUGCUCAGGAUAGUCUGUGAUGAGAGUAAAGCGACGGUUGCUGGUUUCAGUUACCUUGCAAAAUACAUCAUUUCAGGACACGAAGACGGCUCGAUCACACAGUGGGAUGGCAAGACUGGAGAGCUACUCUCAAGCAACUACGACGUGCACGAGCCAGAUAUGCAGGUCACUGACCUCCAGUGGGCACCUGACCGAUCAUAUUUCAUCACCGCAUCGAAAGACAAGACCGCAAAGCUUGUCGAUGUCGAAGACCUCACCGUCCUCAAAUCCUACGUCGCCGACACCCCCCUCAACAGCGCCGCCAUCACCCCUGUAAAAGACUACGUUAUCCUCGGCGGAGGCCAAGCCGCCAUGGACGUCACCACCACCUCGGCCCGCCAGGGUAAAUUCGAAGCCCGCUUCUACCACAAGAUUUUCAUGGAGGAGAUUGGACGUGUGCGCGGUCACUUUGGUCCUCUCAACUACGUCGCCGUCCACCCACAAGGCACGAGCUACUGCUCAGGAGGAGAGGACGGUUACGUUCGUGUGCACCACUUUGACAAGCCCUACUUUGACUUCUUGUACGAGGUGGAGAGGGAGCAGAAGCAAAAUCAGUCGAACUUGUAA